AUGAUCCCUUCCUCUUCCUCCUUCGAAGCAUUCAAUAUCCCCUGCCUCUUCACACUUGCAACCAUCCUUGUACUCACCUUAUUCAUCAUCCGAAAGCAGAGGUCCAAAACCGCCGGUUUAAACCUGCCGCCGGGGCCAUGGAAGCUUCCCAUCAUAGGAAACAUCCACCAGAUGGCCGGCGACCAACCCCACCGCCGACUCAGGGACCUGUCCCGCAAAUAUGGCCCCGACGUGAUGAGCCUUCAGCUUGGUGAGCUCUCUUACAUCGUGAUCUCAACCCCUGAAGCCGCCAAACUGGUGAUGAAAACCCACGACGUCGCUUUCGCUUCGAGACCGUAUCUCCUGGCCGGAGACAUAGUCUACUAUGGCUGCAAGGACAUAGGUUUGGCACCCUACGGAGAGUACUGGCGCCAGAUGCGCAAGAUCUGCACCCUCGAGCUUCUCAGCGCGAAACGGGUUCAAUCUUUCCGCCACAUCAGGGAGGAAGAGGUGUCCAAACUCGUGGCCUCUCUUAGUACUGCGGCAGCUUCAGGGGAGCCUGUGGAUCUGACUCAGAUGUUGUCCACUGCAACGAGUUCCAUAACUUCCAGGGCCGCAUUCGGUAAAGCACAAGGACUAACCAAUGCUUUUAUGACCGUAAUCAGUAAUAUUUCAGAUGCCGCUUCAGGUUUCAAAAUCUCCGAUCUCUAUCCUUCCCUCAAGUUUCUGCCUGCCCUCACCGGGUUCAAAGCCAAGCUAGAGAAGAUGCGCGAGGCAUCGGAUUCUGUACUGGAUCAAGUGAUCGAUGAACAUAAAUCCAGAAGAAGGGCGGGAAGGAAAGGCGAUGGUGAAAAAGAGGAUCUGAUUGAUGUCCUUCUGAAUCUUCAAGAGAAACAGGAUCUCGGAGUACCCAUCACAAUGGAGGUCAUAAAAGCUGUCACUUUGGAAAUAUUUCUAGCUGGCAUUGAGACAUCAACAACAACAAUAGGGUGGGCCAUGUCGGAGAUGAUGAAAGAUUCGAAAGUGCUACAAAAGGCACAACAAGAGGUCAGGAGAGUAUAUGGUGAUGAUGGCGGAAAUCAUUUCGACGAAGCAUACCUUGACCAAUUGAAGUACUUGGAUAUGGUUAUCGCUGAGAGUUUAAGAUUACAUCCACCACUCCCUUUCCUUGUUCCAAGAGAAAAUAGAGAUCAGAAGGUGGAACUCGAUUCAUAUGAGGUCCCGGUGAACACCAGCGUAAUUGUUAACGCCUGGGCGAUCAAUCGCGAUCCUCGUUACUGGACGGAGGCUGAGAGAUUCUAUCCGGAAAGAUUUAUGAAAUGCUCGGCUGAUUAUAAGGGGCCCGACUUUCAGUUCAUUCCGUUUGGUGCUGGAAGAAGGAUAUGUCCCGGAAUUUCUUUUGGAAUGGCGGUCGUGAAACUUACUCUAGCAAAUCUGCUUUUUCAUUUUGAUUGGACACUUCCUGCAGGGCAGAAAAGCAUUGAUAUGAGAGAAUGCUUUGGAAUGACACUCAGAAGACAAUACGCUCUCCAUCUUAUUCCAACGGUGUAUUGUCGCAUGCUUUGA